AUGGCAUAUGAAGGUGUGAUCGGUGGUGAUGAAUGGGAUCAGAUACCUGAUGAUCAGUUGGAGGAGACGUUCUCGGAGAGAAUUUGGGGUCUCACUGAAAUGUUCCCUGAAAAGCUG